AUGGUCAAAUCGACAUUGAUAUACAGAUACGAUGCCCUCCCUUUAUGUGGAUCUGUAGAUGAUAACAACGACCCGGCGCUACUUGAACAAAAGAAAAAAUGUAAGAUUCUUAUCUCGAGAAUCACACCCAACUCCGAGCCUCAAGCCACCUUGGAGUCUGGAGCAUACAAUAUUAAUUACCUUAUCUCUUCUAACAUUAUAUACCUAUGUAUCUGCGAUAAAUCAUACCCGCGUAAAUUGUCGUUUUCGUACUUGUCGGACAUCUCCCACGAAUUCCAACACUCGCACGGCCAAGAAGCGCUCUCGCCAGCUGCAAGACCGUACGGAUUUUCGUCGUUUGAGACGUUUUUGAACAAGACCAAGAAGGUGUAUCUGGACCAAAGAGCCCAGUCGAAUUUGGACAGAUUGAACAACGAUUUGGCCGACGUUAAGAAGGUUAUGACCAAAAACAUCGAAGACUUGUUGUACAGAGGUGAUUCUUUGGAUAAGAUGAGCGACUUGUCUUCUAAUUUAAGAAACGAUUCCAUCAAAUACCGUAAGCAUGCACAAAAGAUCAAUUUCGAUGCCUUGCUCAGGCAAUAUGCCCCAAUUGUUGGUGUAGGCUUGUUCUUUGUGUUUUUGGUGUGGUACAGGUACCUUAGAUGA